ACCGUUCAACUUCCUGUUUGUUUUUCUGGCAUUCUAUACAUUCUACUGGCUUACAUCAAUAAAAUAUUUUGUAAAGUCCAAACAAUUUACAAGUUGAGUGAUGGCAAUUCCUACAUGUAUAAAACGGAGAGUAGUGUGAAAGCUUCGAAUUAUUACCUAUUUACUUAAGUUAAAUUUAACCUUUGUAUCGUGGAAACAAUAUGCUAACACUUCAGUCUAGAGUCAAGGGUGUGGCAUGCACAGGUAUCCUUUGUGAGCAUGCAAAUAGUCAUGGGACCCGCGAUUUUACAGGCGACAUGGAACUAUAGGCGGAAUUCCCUAAUGUGACUUCGCGCAAGUCCAUGUUCAACUUAUGCAUGUUCAAAGUAGCCAAACAAUUCAUUUGUUCAGUAGAUACAUACACACAUGAAGGAUGGAUUGCACUUAAUAUUUACUAGUGUGUUUUUAAGAAUUAUUUAUUACUGAAAUCAGUAUUAAGUUAUACAAUUACAAGUAAUGAAAACUUAUAUAGUGCAACUUUCCAUGGCACAUGAUCAAAUGUGCUUUUCAAUAAGUUAAAAGACUAAAAAUGCACAAAAUUUACAAGCUGGUAAAAAGAUUUUAAUAAGAAGCAGGAGAUAAAAUGACUGUUACAUGUAAGUCUCCUUGGACUGACACCAGUGUUCAUCUUAGAGAGUCAGGGAAACUGACUAAAGAAUAAGGAAACAGCUGUAGUUGUUCUUCUUAGUUGCUGGGAUACAAUCAUGUCUGCCUCAGAGAGUAGUAGCAUAAAGUGACUGAAGAAAGGUCAGGAUCACUAUAGGUGUAUGCAGUCUUAGUUAUAGAGGUGUCCAUGUUAGAGAGAUGUCAGAGAGGAAGUUGAAUGUACUUCAUUUUUGAAGUUUUCAUGUUUGUAACUGCCAGAUUAAUUAAUCUCUCUUAUGUUGUUUUAUUAAUGCCAGGUCUGGGGUACAUGCUUAUUGAAGGAGCUUACACUGAUGCAUUUAUUGUCCACGAAAACUCUGUUUAUGAUUCAAAGUUUCCACUCAGUGAUGCGGGUGAUGACAAUAGUUUUCUUCAUGGCCAGGAUAUUGCUGAUCCUCGCAAGGCCUUACAAGACACAUGGCUGAAACAUUUCAGAUAUCAACCACUUUGGAAGAUCAGGAAUUAUUUUGGAGAGAAAAUUGCUCUUUAUUUUGGGUGGCUUGGUUAGUAAUGAUGAGUAGUCUUUGUUCAAGUUGUAGUUCCCUUAUUAUGAAACUGAUUUUGUGUGAUUAUUUUUCAGGGCUGCUGACUUCUUCCCUAAUCAUACCUGUGUUUCUUGGUUUUGCUAUUUUCCUUUGGGGUCUUAGUGUGGCGUAAGUAUUUUGAUGAUUAGCAAAAUAUUUUCGAAGAAUUAUGCGGGUCUAGGCAAGUGUUUGGCCAACGAGGAUAACACCUGCCCCUGAGAUCUGCAUAAUUCUUUACAUAAUAAGAAGGCCAUUUCUAAUUAAUAAUAAUAUUUGUUUUAUUAUUCAUUUAAAUAAUUCAUACUUUAAAAUAGUCAUGCUUGCCUUGAUUGUGAUAAAGAUCUUCAUUAAACUUGUCUGUUCUUUAAAUCUUAAUUUCCUCUGCAAUUUCAGGAUAUAAAGAGAUUAUUAGUCUAGCCAAUAUUCUUCAAAUAGCAGUUGUUAUCCAUUGAGUCCUAUCUUUGCUGUUCUUGCCAUGUAAUUAAACAGAAGUUCUGCUAUUUCUUCUCUGCAAAACAUCAUUUUGAAAUUAAAAGCUAUUUUUUCCAGCCCUUUCAAAACUACUGAGCUAAUGUAAAUCUUGUUGCCAGGGCUUCCCUUCUGGUGAUUUAUUAUUCGCCUGUAUGUACUAUUUUCUCAUAGAUGAACUGACAGCAGUAGCCAAUGCCGCCUUCUAUGCCUGUUUCUAUCCUUUGCAUGCCUGGGCUACAUAGCUAUGAUCUCCUCCCAUCUGCGAACUAUACAGUUUUUUGAUAAAGUCUUUCUUCUUGUGCUAUUCUGUACCUUGCUGCUCUUAUGAUCUUUUGUUCAGCUACAAGAGAGGGCUACUAUCCUCUUUUUUUGUUGUGGGCUGCACUUUAUACAGGCGCAUAACAGGUGGUUUAAUUUCAUACUUUGUGAAGUAAUUAGACCUAAUUAAAGUAUGGCAGGUCACAUACAUUUGAGAGCAUGCGCAUGUAUGAUUAUACUAACCCCAUACCAUAAUAAGUGCAUUUUUUUUCACAUUUGAAUUCAAAGUAUGCUUGUAGUAAUAGGGGUUGUUAAUCAAGUUUAUAGGUGGCAAAAGUUCCCUUGAUGUAGUGCGAGUAGGAUUUGAACUACUGUAUGCUUUAGUAAAACGCAACCUUAAAUCUUACUGUUUGUUCCUCAUAAUUUUUUACUGUAACCACAGAGGAAGAAGUUAGGACAAGACAGAGAAACAGACAAAUGUUGUUGAUAAUCAUGACUCAACAAUCCGUGCAAUGGAGACAAAUAAAGAACUUUGGCUUGGCUAUUUCCACAGAACUGGUUUAGAAACUUAGUGGCAAUCCAUUGCUAAAUAACUUUCUUUGCAAGAAACAUUUAGAGCUUCUGGGUCUGCUUCACAAGGCUCAUGAAGUUCACACUAGCAUUUUAGAAACAUAGGCACGUUAAACGUGCAUGAGCUAUUUUGAAUGCUUCAGUGUAACUUUAAUGCUUCAGUGUAACCUUACCAAGAGUGAUGAAUCUACCUUUUUCGUCCUAAAUGUAGACUGGGUUUUGUGCAAAAUUGGGUAUUGCUGUACAUAAAUGAAAACGCGAAACGCGCAGCUGCGUCGAUCCUCAUGCUAUAUACUCACUUUCCUCUGUCUUUCCCUGUUACAUUUGGUGCUAGUUAAACAAAUUAUUAAAGUAAAAUAAAUAUCUACUCACCAAACGUUGAUUAGAAGGAAAACUCUAAGGUUUCCUCGGAGUUUCUUAAGCCAAAAUGUGACUCAUCGAAUUCGAGUAAUUAAGGAAUACCAGGAUUCUUAUCAUUGUUGUAGAUGGUUGCAUCAUCACAAUUCACGAGGUUUUCACGUGCGAUUCUACUCAGUGAAACAGUCCUUAACUCCGACAACUUAUUUCUUAUUAUUUAUUAUUAUUUCUUAUUUCUUAUUACGUUUCAAAAACUAUUGCUUCUUAAAAGACAAGAGCCUUUUUAAGGCAUUGUUUACAAAGCGAAACAGGUCUUCAUACGUUCAAGUUACUAUUAUUAUUGUGAAAAGCCAAUCUGCAUGAGAUGUACAGUCACACCAUCAUCAUCUGAUUCUGCUGUCGUAUGUAUUUAAUUGACAUUUAUUUUCCAGAAAUUGUGUUUAGAUAGGGCAUAAGUAAGCUAGUAAGGAAGGUUGGAACUAGACUUAAGAAUGUACUUUGCUUUCUUUGAAGGCAUUGCAUUACCAUGGGCAAAAAGUAGGCUAAUUUAGGUAAAAUAAUAGACCCGUUUUUUAAAAGUAGGAUUCAAAGAUACUCAAGGUCUACUUACUUCGCUAGUAUGAACCCACCUACUAUAAUGGUCACUUUGGUCAUCAAGAAAUCUUCUCUCAUUGCAAUAUUUACAGCUUUUUGAACCAGCCACAGUUGUUCAAUAGGUUGACAUUAGCCACCAGAUAAAUCACUAUUCAAUCAAUAAUGCAGUUACUUUUCCUAGCUAAUACUGCACUUAUCCACUGAAAUAUGUUAAUUGAUCUGGUGGAUUCUAGCACUAUCCAACUUUUUAACACCUGGCACCUGGUUAAAAUAGACAUGUUUAGGCAAAUGAACGGGUUGCUAAACUCUUUUGGUUUGAUAUGCUGAUUUGAAGCUUUAAAGAACUGGGUCAAAUUUUGAGUUUCAAAAGUUCAUGAUAUCAUUCCUCUGACUAAUUUAUGCCCUGUUGAUGGUCCAGAAAGCUGUUAGUGUUGCAUAUUUUGAACAAGCUCUCUUUACAACCAAAGGGACCACAUUUAAAGAACCGUCUGCAACAUGAAUAUGGUGCUAAGGAACACUCUAAUUAAUCUUUGCAUGAACUUAACAGAUGAAAUGCAAAUUAAGAUAUCUUUGAAACUUCUUGUCUCAACUAGCAAUCUUCAAUUCUUCACAGCUCUUAGUAGGUGAGUUCUUCAUUGCUUCCUGCUUGUUACCACCUCCUUUAUCAAUCCAGUCAUGCACAUCUUCUUACGAUACUUUUAUCAAGUACUUUUCACCCACCAAUUCAGUGUUUUAUCCUGCUUGAAAAAAUGAUUUUCUCUAACUCAUGCCAGUUGUAUCAUUGGGUUUUCUUGCACUUGUACAAUUCUCUCUUUCCUCAUAAAACUGCUGGCUUAACACUACUUAAAUCUAACAGCGAUGAUUUCACUUUUUUUAGUGCUGACAUAAUUUUCACGUUCUUGUCUCUUGUGUGACUGAUUUCUUGCUUUGUUACUUUGUGUGUAAUUCUGAGGUUUUUGAUAGAAGCCUUGACUCAUGUUCAUUGAUUUGCUAUCAAAUCUCUUUCUGUACUCUGUAUAUGGCACUAAUUUUCAGGUUCAGGAUUGUUGUCUCUUUAUACUGACAAUAUGAGCUAUUAUAGUUAAAGAUCAAACAUGAAACUAGUAAGUAUCCUAUUUUUAUUUCAGCAUAAGAGAUUAUCCACUGAAUAGUCAGAACUCUACAGCGUCGACCAUCAUGCUUUGGGCCAAAAAUGCAUUUGACAAUGAUGCAACACCUUACUUUGCCCUAGUUAUUUGCCUGUGGGGUAAGUAAUUCCUUUCGAAAGACCCAUUUUACGGCUCACCAUUAAUAUUAUUUUUUAUUAUGGCUUGCCAUUUGACCAGUGGAUAGGAACACAAUUGUUUCAUGAUUCUUGAUUAGCGUGACAACGUUUUUGACACUGGCUACACUUGCAAAAGAGUUAAAAGUUCAUUGAUAAUGAAUGGAGCUGGGUACGUAUUAGGUAGAAUAACAGUUUUCAUGAUCACCACCUGAUUCUGUUUUCGUUUCUUGUCAGGUUUCUUGUCGUUUCUUUCUCAUACUCUCUCACCCUUUGCCAGUCCAAAAAAAUCUGUCUAUGUACUAAGUUCAGGUAGUUUUUUUCUUCUUUGUCUUUGUGGGCUGGGCUAAUUUGAAAUCUCAUUGUAUCCCAGUGCUAACCCUAUAACAAUACCUUAUAUUCAUCUUUGUCUGUCAUCUCCUAAACGCAAACAAUAACCUCCUAAGUAGCCUGCCUCUUUGCUUCAUAGCUUCUUGUAGUGGAUUCCCCUCAAAUGGAAGUUAAAGUGACUCAUGUCUAUUUUGUAGGCACAUUAUUUUUGGAACGAUGGAAAAGGGCCAAUGCUCGCUUGGCUUACCAGUGGGAUGUAGAUAACUUUGAAGAACAGGUAAUACUUCUGUACAUAUCAGCUGGAGUGGUUAACUAGAAAAACCCAGGCUUUUAAUUAGGUAGAAUUCUCGAAUGCAUACUGGGUACUUUCUGGUCGGCUUGUGAGAAUGGUUAACUUAAGAAAUAUUAUGGUGGUUUCUUUUCACUUUCACUGCUACAUAGGCCUCAUUUUAGAAGUGUUUACUUUAUUUAUUCAUAAUUCCCUGGAAUGAUUACUUGAAGGACUUCAACCAUUCACUGCAUGCAUAUGUGUUGUAUGAAUUUGCUAGACACACUCACAGUACACAACAGUAUAUAGAACAUUUAUUCUCUGCAUGCUUUAAAAUUUACCCAUCUCUGGCAUACAGGUUUACUACCUGACAUUUUUCAUGACACCUUUCUUUACACUAAGUGAUGUCCAUAACUACAAUACUAGAUAUGCAGCCAAUCAAAACUUACAUAAACCUCGUAUAAGAAUGAAUACUGGCAAGCAGAUGAUUUUAUUUAAGGCAAUUGAUCUUUGGAAUAGCAUUCCACAGUGAUACCAACUGAAUGAGUACGCUUUUUCAUAAAAAAAUCAAGCAUUAUCUACUGUCCGAGCAGUACUUGUUGAAUUACCUAACUGUACCUAGUUCUGCGUAAACUCACUUCUUUUAAAAAUUGUCUGUAUUACUUUUCUUAAAUAUCUUUUUUUAUUUUGCUGUAAUUGUAAUUACCGUAAUUGUUCCUUUCUGUUCUAUUAUUUUGUUUGUUUAUUUAUUUUUGCUCUUUCUGGUUCCUCGUCUGUAUUGAUUGUAAAUGUAAUUAGUGCUGUGGUGGCCAACAAGAAAACCAAAUGGUUCACUUAGCCAUCACACUCAAACUUAAAUGUUAAUUCUAUAGACACAUUCAUCUUGUAAAUAUCAGGCUAUAAAGUCUGUAACUUAGAAUUAGUCAAGGCGUGAAUUUAAUUAAAUUAGUGUCAACUCUGUUUUUUCUGUAAGUUCAUCGUCGCCUUUUAUACUUAAGAGUAUGCAUGAGGUCUCCCAGUACCAAACAUUCACUCAAAACUUACCUUCCAUUAGUGCACUGCCGAAAAAACAAGGUCUUGUUGUUCUAUAACAGCAUAAUGAGAAGAUGCAAACUCUCGAGUACUUUUUACUAGUCCACAUUUUAUGUUAAAUGUUCUCUGUUUUAUCUUAAGGAGCCCAGUCGUCCACAAUAUUAUGGAACAGUCUUGAGAAGGGUAAGAUUUUAUCUCAGGUGUGAAUUGUUUGUUCAUCAGAAUUAAUUUUCCUCAUUUUCCAACAUUUUGUAGUGUGUAGACUACCUACUGUGCAGAGUGAACUUAUACUUGCUGAUCUGUCCUGUUAUAGGACCCUGUGACAGGAGAAGAAAUAUCUGUUUAUCCUUUCAUCAGUAGAUUUUGUAAGAUGUCAGGCUCCUUUGGAAUCAUGUUGUUUAUGGUAAGAAUCUCAACAUUGUGUGUAUUGAAGCUGUGUUUGCCUUAAUCUUGGCGGCUUAUAAGCCGUCUGCACUCUGUAUGUUUCACUGCUGUCAGUUAUUUACAUGUUGUUUUAUAUACUUUGAUCUGUUUAAGUUUUAGCAGCAUUCUUACGUUCUCUGUCAUUUGGUGAUUCCUACAUAAUUGACUUUCCACCAAAUUUAGAUAGUAGUAAAGCUUGACAGUGAGUCAGCAGUUGUAUGGCGGCCAAGUCACACAACUUUCUCUUUCUUUACUUCUGCAUUUUUUUCUGUUAAUUUAUUGUUUUAGAUUUCUAUCAAAGUAAAGUGUGACGAUGCAGACUUUUUAAUUUAUGUGAAUAAUUUUCAUGCACAGAUUUGCUUAGUUCUAGCAAGUGCUAUGGCAGUAAUAGUUUACCGCGUCAUUGCAAGAGAAGAUUUGUUUAAAGAACGAGGUGAAGUGGGCCUACUGUUGGCAAGCAUCACAUCAACCUUCAUCAACACUUGUUCUAUUAUGAUUAUGGGAAAGGUUUGUAGCUGAUCAGCUAAUACUCAAAACUUCUUCAUCCAACUUCCAUGUCUAACUUUACAGCAGCAAAUGAAAAAUACCUUCUUCUGUUGCCUAGACUCAUGAAGUUAAAUGGUGCCAAUUUAAAUGUUUUGGUCUUUAAACAUUUCAAACUUUUUAGAGCCAGAGGACACUGAGAUACAGGCAGAAGCUCCAAGCUCACGUGUAGCUUUUUUGCUGUUUUUUUUUUUAACCGUUCACCAGAUAAUUCAAAUUAACCUUUGCAUAUGAUUCGCCGAAGCUCAUAUAUGAAUAGUGGAAUGAGGGAAAUUAUAAUUUUUUUUAAGGACUGCGAUAAAGACAAAAACACACCUCUCAAAAUUAAAUGUCUUGAUUAGAAAAGGAAAACUUAAAUCUUAUUCUAGUGCAUUUUGGUUUCUUCAAAUUUUAGGUUUAUCAGAAGUUAGCUGUCAUCUUAACUGAUUGGGGUGAGUGAAGGGUAAUGAGAAUUCAGAAUUCAGAAUGUUGUGACCUUUCCUUUUGGCCAUAGGCCAUUUGCACGAUGGUAUUAUCUUACUAACUUCGACUAGAAUCCUUUCCGUUUUAUUUCAUAUUCUAAAAUUUGUUUAUCCCAGCAAGCUCUAAAUAACAAACACCCUUAACUGCCUUAGAAAGCAAAUCCCUGAAGGAUUCUGGUUGUAGUGGUGAAAUGACGUCAUAUUGCAAAUGGCCUGUAGAGCAAACAUAUUAAUUCUUGUUUGGUCAAAAACAAAUGUGUUUUUUCAAAAGUGUUUGUUAUGGCCUUGAUUUUUUUUUUCAUCCAUUUUCUCUCAGUCUCGCAUGCAACUCCCCAGAGAUUGGAUUGGAGCCAAUCAGAAAAGGAAAAAUAUUUUGAAUGAAUAAGACAACUGACUUAUCGCAAUACGGAACUGAGAAGAAAUACAGGACUAUAAUUAAUAAUAGUAUGACCGUGACUUUCCUCUCUUUUCUUAACAGAAAAUCAUCGCACACAGACUUCUUAUGAUGAUGCGCUUAUCAUAAAGUUGUUUGGAUUUCAGUUUGUCAAUUCAUACACUUCCCUCUUUUACAUUGCUUUCUUUCGUCAGGUAGGAAUACAGUUCGAUCACUGCAUGUUUAUUUAGAAUCAUUAGGAAUAGCCUGCGCGGUAGGCGUUAAAUGGGAAGGGAAAGGGGGAAUUUGGGCACGCGAGAGCGCGCGAGGGAGAAAUCAAAGGAACCCUCCUCCCUUCUCCCUCGCGCGUGGUCUCGUGCCCUCAAUCCCCUUCCCCUUCCCUUUCGAACGCCUGCCACGCAGGCUACAUUAGUAAUCACUCGGUUGACUGAAUUUGGGUGAAAUGCCAAAGGGGAAGGGUUUCUUCAAGCUGUUUGGUCAGGUGGCUUGCAUAGUACUAGCCUGUGAACAUGCCUUUGGUCGAGCGGGGAACUUUCCUUGCUAUUUUUUCCCCCAAACAGAGAGCCUGUUCACAGGCUAGCAAAGUACCUUCCAAGAAUGCUUCGAACAAUGUAGUCGGAUAUAUUUAAUUUUCAGGGAAGUGGCUUGAUAGUUUAUUAUGAGCAAUUUAUUUGUUUACUAUUGUUUCCACUGUUCUAAUAUUCCAUAAAUCUAAAUCUAACGCAUCCUGAUCCUUAGUUUGUUUUAACCGCCUUAAAUCUGGACACUUUAUUUACCGAUUACGAACUCUUCCUAAUAAAUAGAAGUUAGUAUUUUGCUAAACAUCUUUCAACUGCUUCCUCUGAAUAGGAAGCUGACGAAAACAAGCUAUUAAACCAGCCAUAAUUAGAAAGUCUAGUAAGCAGCCUCCUUUUCUCCGCGGCCCUUCGCUUGUGUUAACCGUUUACUCAGCUUAUCCUUUCAUUUCUUUAUCUCAUCAGAACACAAAGGAGACGGGUGUUUUAGGUAAAGGGCAAAACUACAGCGACGAAUGCGGCUCAAAUAACGACUGUAUGACUCUACUGUCUCUUCAAGUCGCCAUGUUAAUGAUCAUGAAGCCUCUUCCAAAACUGUUCUCUGACAUUAUAAAACCGUGAGUAUGGUCAAAAGCUGAAAUUCUCUUUUAUAUCUUGCAUAGUACGUGCAGUUCGAGCAAUGUUCCUAUCGGAAAAAGGAGUUGUUAUGACGUUCCUUAACUUUGUUACUUGCACCCUUUCAAUAGGCGCAAUACUCUGUUAUUCAGAGCACAGGGCGCUUGCCUCCCAUCAUUGUGGCCUGUGGUUCUUUUUUUCGGUCUCUGUGUCGUAGACCGUGUCGUAUUUGAGUUGAUCGUUGAUUGAUUAUCUGACUGAGACGUAUAGAUGAGCGAAAACGAUCAUAAGACUUAUAACUGGUGUAAAUAGUUCGAUUAGUAGCCGCCUCUAGUGCUCCAUGAAGAGUGGUUAUGCUCUAAUUCCCUUUAAGGUGCCGGAAAUGGGCAACAAAAAACGUUCAACUUGUUUUGCAACUUUGCUGCAAAACGUGUUGAAUAGCGAUGUUGCGCGUUUUACCACCCAUGUUUAAACCUGUUAACAAGCUGAUUUUUUGCAAGACAGGUUUGAUGUGGGUGGUAAAACGCUCAACAUCGCUAUUCAACUCGUUUUGCAGCAAUGUUGCAAAACAAGUUGAACGUUUUUUUGUUGCCCGUUUUUCCGUACCUUUACUGACGGUAGCAAUGAUAAAUGAUAUAGCCGGUUUUGUUUAAGUACAACGCAGCAAACGUUUUUUUCUGCUUUUCUUGAUGUAGCUGGUUAAAGGGUUUGUGGAAGAGGAAAUCUUGUCGCAAGAAAGUAGGAGCAAGCGGUGAAAUGAGGUCUCGCGCAGAAGAUUACUUGGAAAACGAAAGACUCAAGGAACCGCUUGGGGAUUUUACACUGUCCGAGUACAAUGAAAAAGGUAAAGUAUAUAGGCGGAUUUAUUAUGACGUCAUUGUUUACAUUUUUGCUCAUUAGCAUACGGGUUAACCCAUAGAAGAUGUAGCUGUAUAUACCAAUCAGGUUAAAAAUUAAAAGAGCUGGUUAAUUUAUGCAGGUUGUGCAAGUAUCAGCUCUUUGCAAUCAGUAACAAAGACAAUAGCAGCAAUUAAAAACUGCAAAAUUACUGGGUGGCAAAACGUUAAUGAGCUCAUACAUUCUUUGUAAAUUUGGGGGUUUUUCAAAGAGAGUUUCUCCGAAACUAUUUGGUAUAUCGGGCUCAAAUUUUCAGAGAUAACUGAAAUUGCUCUGCUCUUUCAAUAUUCAGAAAUUUCAUUUUAUUAGCUUUAUCAGAUAAUGAUAAUCCUAUGCUAAUGUAGCAAAAAAUGUAACAAGGGUUCUCCCAUUAGCUUAGGUAGACUAAUUUCUUUCUCAAGGAACGUGGUACUUAUGUUCUUUAAUAGGUUUAAGUAAAACAACCUUCAGUAACCAUACAUUGUCAUCUGAUACAUGUUAUUCACGCAAGGUUGUCAUGGUGAUUGUGUGGUUAGUAAAGUCAACUAAAAAAAUCUAGUAUUGACAAGAUCUUCUUCUCUUUUUUAUUUGCAGUCCUUCAGUAUGGAUUUCUUAUGGUAGGUGAAAUUAUUUUAACAGCAACCACCAACCUUAUAAAACAACAUAAGAUAUUCAUCUCUUCACAAAAAAGGAAUUCAUCACCGGGUGUCAAAAAUGACCAGUUGCAUGUUGCUAUCCGGCGUUUGUCAAACUCACCAAUUAUUUGUAAAUAGAGGGAAAAAACGGAGAUAUCAUAGACUAUGAGCAGUUUUUUUCCCCUCGGAUCAGUAACCUAUGUGGUACGUGGCAGCCUUCGAAAGGGUUGGUGGUGGGCGAGGUUGGGGCAAGGGAAAAGGAGAGAGGGUAUUCCAUUCCCUUUUCUCUCAUUAUUGCACCUGCAACACAAGCUAUUGAGACAGUAGAGUGGGGUGAGGCAGCUGACUUGUGAUACCCCCAGUCUAAAUGAAUCAAAGUGAGUGCAAAAAAUCUUGGCUGCGCCUUGUGUUUGAAACCCACCUCCCCAAAUGCGAGAGAUUAGACAUUUCUUCUCACUUUUUGUUGCAUUUCUACUUCUGUGUGUUUUGUUUUGUUUCUUGUUUUUAUUUACUUAUUUAUUUUCAUUUAACGUGCUUCAUUUUGUUUCAGUUAUUUGCCGCAGCAUUUCCGCUAGCCCCACUGAUCGCACUGCUGACAAAUGCUAUUGAUAUGAAGAUAGAUGCCAGUAGAUUGUUGUGGAUAGACAGACGACCCGUUGCCUUCAGAGCUGAAGAUAUAGGUUAGUAAAUCGCCUCGGUUACCUCUAUGCACCAACAGUAUAAAUGUUUUUUCCAUUCAGUAUGAGUGAUGCGAUAGUUAAGGGUUUCCCCCAGUAUAACAACCUUUUCUACGUCGAACGCAAGACCUCCUCGACAUUGCUGAUACUACAAACCAUAAUAAUAAUCAUAAUAAUUCUAACGCAAGGAGGCCGUAAACGUGAAAAUAAGGUGUGUAAUGAUAACUGAGAUAUAACUUGGUUGAAGCAGAGUUAACAAUUCUCCCAAAGUCUACCCAACGCUUCUCGGUUGCGCGCAUACGUCCUGUGUGACAGAGUGCCUUCAACUGUUUUGUAGUUGUUCUCGGAAUCUUCGACAUGUACAGCUGGCCAAUAGAGAUCCUCUUCGUUGCACAUUAUUGUUAGCCAUGUUGAUUUGUUAAAAUUCCUACUUGUCUCUAGAAUCUCGGUAGGUUCGCGGUGUUGCGGUCGGGUGCGAUCAAUACAAAAGUUUGAAAAGACACUGUGCAACUCCCAUACCGGAAUACAAAAGCGAACCAAUAAUGGUUUCCACAACACAAAGAAACACCCUGCAGAAUCCCGGCAACUCUUUUGUUCAUCUGUGCCGAGCCGAUGAUCACCGUAAUUUAUUCCGUCCCUUUUUUGUGUCAGGCAUGUGGUACAGCAUUUUGGAGUUCCUAAACGUUGCAGGCGUGGUUACCAACUCAUUCCUGGUGGCUUUUACAUCAUCUUACGGUCGCUCAUGGGAAGGUGAUCCAACAACAAGCAACAGAACUGAGUUAGUGUUUAACAGCACUUCAAAUGCAACAGAUCAAGUUGUUAUUUUUACGGAGCAUUUAGCUGGGCCAAGUAGACUGUGGCUUAUAAUUGGCUUUGAAGUAAGUCUUUCAAUUAGAAGAGGACAACAACUCCAUUUUCAGAGCCUACACCUAUAUCCUAUAUUUACAGUUUUUAGUGGAAAAGUCUACUAGCAGUUCCAAGGAAAUUGUAAAUAGAGAGUUUAAGAAAAGCAGGCAACCAGAGCGUCCUAGAACAGCGGCUUACAGGAGAAAAUGGUGCUUCUUCACUUGUUAAAUUUGGCACGUUUCUCUGCCGUUGUGUGCAAUUAAAAGCAGUAUCGAUGUUAUUGAAGAGUUUGAAAAAGAGUUUGUUGAUUGUUUUGUUGUUUUUUUAUUUAUUUUUUAUUGUAUUAGCAACUCUGAAGCUCCUCCUAUAUGUAAGUAAAACAAGCUGGAACAAAUGCAGAAGGCUCCCUUAAAAUUGCUAUUGUUUCUCUUUAUUGUCAUAGCUGCAGCUUUCUAAUGUGCAUUUGUUACUUUUUUCAGCAUAUUGUGUUUUCAAUAAAGUUCUUGAUCGCUUACAUCAUUCCUGAUACUCCUGCUGAUGUCAAGAUGGCCCUUUCCAAGGUAGAUGGGGUGAACUUAACUGCACCUUACAAAAGGAGAAUACCCAGAGUUUUAACAUAUCCCGUAUUUAAUCUCUUACAGGAAAAGUUUCACGUGUCAAGAAUUCUUGCUCAAGCAGGUGUGCGGAAGGGGCCUGGGAAUAAACUUACAGAAUCGGCCACCUCUUUCAAAAAUCGCGGCGCCGAGAGUAGUGGUUCUUCAUUUGCCUACUCAACGGAAGUCAAACAUACCGCGAGCGGAAGAAGGCUUCUCGAGAAUGGCACUAAUAGUGGGUCUUAUGACAACAAUGAAGCGCUUGAAGUGGUAGUGGAAGGUGUACCUUCAGGGACUACUGUGGGGAGGCACGUGAGGUCCCCCCGGUUAGAACCUCUUCCUAAAAGUUACACAUCCAAGCAUUCGAUAAGAUCGUGA